AUAGUUUAACAACAUACAUUUAUAAUUAUAAGUUUAAUUUCGUAGCUAAUAUAGCUCCCGGCCGGCCGGCCUCAAGAAUGACGUACGUACUAGCUAGCUAGCUUUCACCAACCAUUAAAUUCGUCUCUCCAUCUCUCGCUAGCUACCUAUCUACUAGCUUUAAAUCUCUAGCUGUAUAGUACAGUAUUUCAUUUCUAAUAAUAAGCUUUAGUCUCUCUUAGCUUUCGCUAGCUAGUGAUUUGAUGGAGGGGAUAAUUGUUAAUAAUAAUAAUAAUAAGGUAGACGAAGAAGCACAAGAUUUCAGUGUGCAAGAGAAGCACAAGAUUGAGCUCCUCAGAGCUCUUCUUCACAAACGAGCUGACCCUUCUUUUCAGGCGGUUGAUGAUUACACAUUGAGAAGGUUUCUUGGAGCGCGUGAGCUGGAUGUUGAGAAAGCUGCAGCGAUGGUGAUAAAAUACCUGAAAUGGAGAAGUGCAUUUAUGCACAUUUCGGCGUCGGAGGUUCCCAACGAGAUAGCACAGAACAAGAUGUUCAUGCAAGGAGUGGAUAAACAAGGCCGCCCCAUUGCCGUUGUUUUUGGUGCUAGGCACAUCCAAAAUAAUAAUAAAGGCGGCCUCCAUGAAUUUAAACGUUAUGUGGCUUUCGGGUUGGACAAAUUAUGUGCAAGGACGUCUCCGGGCGCGGAAAAGUUUGUGGUGAUAGGUGAUCUUCGCGACUUUGGGUAUGCCAACAGUGAUAUUAAGGGAUACAUUGCUGCUUUAUCGAUCCUACAGGACUUCUAUCCAGAAAGACUUGGAAAAAUGUUUAUUGUUCAUGUGCCAUACCUGUUCUGGACAUUGUACAAGGUUGUGCACCCUUUCAUCGAUGUUAAUACCAAGAAGAAGAUCGUUUUUGUUGAAAAUAAACGCCUGACAUCAACACUGCUGGAAGACAUUGAAGAGAGCCAGCUCCCAGAGAUCUAUGGAGGCAAACAGUCCUUGGUCCCCAUACACGAAGCCUAGCUCGAUCAUCUUAUUGUUCACCUUAAUUAAAAGCAUGUCACAACAAAAGAAUAAUAAAUAAGCAUGUCACAAAAUGAAGGUAAAAAAAUGUGACAAGCUCGAUAUUUCUGUCACCCCAAAAUUCGUGACAAUAAUAUAGUGUAGUGUAUGUGUUUCAAUGGUGAUGCAAAGCAGGGAGAAAACUAAAACUAGUGAAGUUGGGGUUGUGGACAUCUGAUUAGUUGUAGGAAAUAUAUGUAUAAGAUAUAUCCAAAUCUUGUGUAUUUUCGUACUACAAUUCUAGCUAUUAAUAAUAAUAUUAGAAAUUGUCCAAAAUAGGAGUAAAAACGCAUUGAAAUUCCAAAAUAUGAGUAUCAUGUUUUUUAUUCCUUGAAUAGGAGUAAUCUGUCAAGUUUGAAAAAAAAUGUCAUGUUUAAAAGCCUAGUGAUGCCAAACUUGGCAGAAAUUUACUCAUAUUUAGGGAAUAAAAAACAUGAUAAUUCUAUUUUAAAAUUUCAAAACUUUUUUACUCCUAUUUAGAGAAUUAAUAAUAUUGGUCACGAAUAAUUGAUUUAUUAAUUAAUUAUUUUAUUACGAGAGAAGUGGGUGGUGACCCUAGCUAUUCAAUUCAUGGCAUGGUAAACCGCGGCCGUCUCCCUUGAAUAAGGGUUCCAGUUUUUGUCGUCUUGUGUGCGGCGUUUAGAUUUAGUCGUCCUCUAGAGCGACGAUUAGGUUAGCAGAGAAGAAAUUGUUCGCAUGAAUAUCGCUAGGUGUGCUGUGGCAGCCGAUGGAGAAGGAGUUGCGAGAGUCAAGGGAAGGAGAAAGGGAGGUGUCCAGAGGGGCUGAAAUUGCAGGGCAGACGGAGGUUGUGCGCCAGGGAAUCAAUCGAGCGAUAAGCGGGAGUUGUGCCUUGUUUGUGUCAACAAUCAUAGCGAUGAUCCGGCCUCCUCCUGAACCACUGCCAAGGAUGAACGAAGUGCUAGUGUUCAAGAUAUUUGUUUUGUUUAUUUAGUUUUUUCUUGUUUUGUCCUCCUCAUAUUAGUUUUUAUUAUUUUAUCAUUUGGUUUCUUGUUACCGUCUACGUUGUUAGGUUUGUCGAUUUGUUUGGUAAUUCGGCCUCCUUUUAUGUCAUUGGGUAUGUUUGGAUCUAUGGGAACAAAGAUGUUGUGUCAAGCCCUCUGCAUGAUUAUCGAUUCGUGUUGCUCUUUCAGUGGUGACCGUCUCUAAGUCUGAUCAUAGGAUUUACAGUUUUAGUUGUUGAAGUUUAGUUGGUGUCAGAAUUGUUUUUUCUUUGAUUGAUGUAAUGAUCCUGAAACGAUAUGAAUAGAGGCAAGUUUCCGUUCAAAAAAAUAAUAAUAUUG